AGAAAAUAUGACGCACGGAGUAUCUUUGACAAUACUUUUGAAGAAUAUCAUACCAACUACAACAUGUUAUUGAGACCAGCCCUUUUUCUUUUCCUUUCCGUCUUAGCCAGCUCAAGCCCAGUCUUCUCUGCCCCAACUGGCCCCCCUGCCCCCCAUCAUUUUCUCCACCCACGAGAUGGACCACAUUACAACAGCAGCCUCCCAAACAUCACAGUUCUCGCCACCGGCGGUACAAUCGCCGGCUCUGCAGGCUCUAAUACUGAUCUGACUGGCUACAAAGCCGGCCAGAUAGGCAUCCAAAUCCUCAUCGAUGCGGUGCCUGAGAUUCAAAACAUCUCCAACGUCCAAGGCGUUCAAGUUGCCAAUGUUGACUCCAGUGGAAUUACUCCGGAGAUCCUCCUCAACCUCACAGCGCAGGCACAGAUGGCACUAGAUGAUCCGCACUGUCAGGGCAUUGUGAUUACGCACGGAACCGACACCCUUGAGGAGUCUGCUUUCUUCCUGGAUUUGACUCUCAGGUCUGAAAAGCCUAUCGUCAUUGUUGGGUCUAUGCGCCCUGCGACUGGCCUCAGCGCUGAUGGCCCCCUGAAUUUGUUAGAGGCUAUAACACUCGCAGCGGACCCUCGCGCUGUUGGUCGAGGUACUAUGGUUGUGUUGAAUGAUCGGAUCACAAGUGCCUUUUAUGCCACGAAGACCAACGCAAACUGGCUGGAUACCUUUAAGGCAGUGGAACAAGGCGACCUUGGAUCUUUCAUCGACGCGAAGCCCAACUUCUUCUACAGUCCCGCAGUACCUGUUGGCUACCAUUUUUUCAACGUCUCACAGAGUACCUCCUUGCCCAAGGUCGAUAUUGUUUUUGGUUAUCAAGCUUUGGACCCCGAGAUGGCUCGCUCCGCGGUUGGUAAGGGUGCCGAAGGCCUGGUUCUGGCAGGAGUGGGAGCUGGCGGCUGGACGUCCGCAGGUCUUGAUGAGAUCCAUGAACUGAUUAGAGAACAUGGUACGCAGGUCGUCCUGUCGUCGCGAACGAUGGGAGGAUUUGUGAAGACAAAUGGUACGGGGAACAUCUAUGGGAGUCAAGAUUUGAAUCCACAGAAGGCGCGCAUCAUGCUGCAGCUUGCGCUAAAUGCGGGAUAUGAUUCGAAUGAAUUAACAAAGCUUUUCUCUUUUUCAGAGUAG